GGCUGUUGGGGCGCAUCGGUGGAGGAUGUCUACCGACGCUGCUGGUCAACGGUCGACCGAGCAGGCCAUGGCACGUGAUCAAGGCGCUAAUUUUCCCGCUAAGAAGUCUUGGCCAAACGCGCUGGAAGUUCUCGCCUCUGCGCCUCUUCCUCCUUGUCCUCAACACCACUAACUCGUCCAUUCCCACAGCUUCUCAAAGCUUUUCAACAGUUGCUACUAACUAUGGCGUGGCGUAAUCAGGGUAUCACAGGCUCCAACAACGUCCCUCUUGGUCGUCGCCGAUUCGGAGGCGACUCCGAUGAUGGAGGAUACAAUCCUGCAGAGCCUGCGACUGGCUUGCCAGAACUGAAGCGUGGUCGAAGCCCGACACGCGAUGAGCCUUCUGUCGAUGGCCCUAAGAGGCGCAAGAAGCGCAACCGUUGGGGUGCCCCCAACGACAACAAGGCAGCUGGCCUCAUGGGCUUACCCGUCCUGAUUGAUGGUCGCCACAUGACUUCGGAACAAAUCGAUGCUUACAUCCUGCACUUGCGUAUCGAGGAGAUUAGCCAGAAGCUGAGGAUCAAUGAUGUCGUCCCGGCUGAUGGUGAUAGAUCCCCGUCUCCCCCUCCACAGUAUGAUAAUUUCGGUCGUCGUGUCAAUACUCGCGAGUUCCGCUACCGCAAGAAAUUAGAGGAUGAGCGCCAUCGUCUCGUCACGGAAGCGAUGCGGACGAUCCCUCAGUACCAUCCGCCCUCUGACUAUAGGCGCCCAGCUAAGACCCAAGAGAAAGUCUACGUUCCAGUGAAUGACUACCCGGAGAUUAACUUCAGUAUGAUACUAACCCCCCAAUUUCUAACUCCUAACCCUUUUUUCUCUGCCCUUUCCUUCGUCUUGGCUCUGCAUGCUCAGACUGCAGAGGUCUGCUGCACAGCACUGUCACUAACCCGUCGCGCUGUAUCGCCAUAUUGCUCAAACUCUUUGAUCACCAGCUAACAACAGCUUUUUCACUAACAGUUGGGCUUCUCAUUGGCCCCCGUGGUAACACGCUCAAGAAAAUGGAAGGAGAGUCCGGCGCCAAGAUCGCUAUCCGUGGCAAAGGCUCUGUCAAGGAAGGCAAAGGCCGUUCUGACGCCGCUCACACCAGCAACCAGGAAGAAGAUCUUCACUGCCUUAUCAUGGCUGACACUGAAGACAAGGUCAACAAGGCCAAAGCUUUGAUUCACAACAUCAUCGAGACUGCUG